AUGCUGUGCCCACACUGUGUCCGGAUACUGAGGUACGACAAGUGUUUGCUUAGGUGUCUUCUACACUCGAGACGUAGAACCACAUUUCCACACGUUUUGAGUCACUCAUCGUGGCUUAGUGUGGGUGACUUUAACCUCCCGCUAAGAAUGAAUCGGUCACAUAGGGACAAAACGUGGCGCCAAGAGUGGCAGAAUGCCGUGCCAUGGGCCGAAAUCUCGAGCCCGGUAGACGCUAUUUUUGAAAAAGCGGUCUCCGAUCGUGAUUUGCAAGAUAAAGGCUGCGCUGCUUUAGCAGGGGUUCUUCAACAGGUUUAUCCUGAGCUUUGUUUUCAAUGUGGAUUUCAGCCUGAAAACUAA